GGCACAGAAACCUUGAACUUGACGCGCUCCGGCGGCAGAAACACUUUCACCGUCGAUCGUUACGCGAUUAAAAUUGCGUUUCCGCGACCGCGAAUUGUCCGCGGUGCCGAUUUAAUUGAUGCGGAUAACGCGGUCUACGUUUUCGCGGUCGAACUCGCUCAGAUUUUACGUUAAAUCGCGCUUUCGAAGGGCGCCGGACCACAGUUCACGCGUCAAACUUGCAAUUGCGACGGGGUCGGUAAUACAGUUUCCGCGUAUCAUUUCGCACCCUGCCGCCACGGUGGCCGAUAUUUUGUACGGCAACGCCGCCGUUAGCACGCGACCGUUUUUCGGUUUUGCGAAAGAGUUAAACAAUCGCUUUCACGCGCGAACAUCCCGAAAAUCGUAACACACGCGAUUGCGUAAUAGUAAUUUUUUACGAUUGUUUUAUGUAACGCGGGUUGCCAAAUCGGUGGUGGGGCGGUCCGCGAUUCUGCGGCAUUUCCGGGCUAUUUAUACGUAGGGAUCGCACGAUUAGUUUGCAGUCUGUGGUUCGGGUGUCGGUCCGAUUGUCUACAUUCGGGAUGACGACGGGACUGAUUAUAUCGAACCCGCCGUGGCCGAAGCAGGACUACGAACCGCUGCAGGUGCCGCCGAAGCGGCUCCGACAGGUCGCAGAGGACGAGCUCAGGGAGACGGAGUCGGCGCGCGCCGACUGCCUCAGACAGCUCAGGGAGUGGAUCGGGAAGAACGACGACGUCCGCGACUGCCUCACCGACGACAAUUUCCUGCUGCGCUUCCUGCGGGUGAAGAAGUUCAGCGUGCCGAUGGCGCAGCAGGUGCUGCUCAAGUACCUCAACUACAGGAAGCGUUUCAGGCACCUCCUCUACGGUCUGGACCACGCGGAGCCGUCGGUCAGCCGGCUAAUCGACUCGGGGUACCUCUACGUGAGCCCCACGAGGGAUUCGAAGGGACGUAGGGUUGUCGUGUACGACACCACCAAGUUCGACGCGCGCGUUUUCAGCGGCCUCGACAUGGGCAGGGCCCACGCCGUCACCUACGAGACCCUGCUCUCCGACGAGGAGAACCAGAUCCUGGGGGUCGUCCACGUGGCCGACCUGGCCGGUCUGAACCCCGCCUUUCUCACGCUCUUUUCCGUCACCGAGUUCGGGUACCUGAUCAAGUGGGGCGAGCAGUCGUUCCCGAUGAGGCACAAGGAGAUCCACCUCGUCAACAUGCCGCAGGCGCUCAAGUACGUCUACGACUUCGCCAAGUCCAACAUGAGCGCCAAACUGAAGGACAGGCUCACGGUGCACGACUCCAAGGCGAGUCUGGUCGAAGCCGUCGGCUUCGACUGCCUGCCGAGGGAGUGGGGCGGGGAAACGUCGGCCGCCUCCAUGCUGACGCUGUGGAGGGGGGAGUUGGAGGCGAAGAAGGCAAGGGUGUUGUCGCUCGACCGGAUGACCUUGCUUAGCGACAAGGGCAUCGUGAGGUCGAGGGCCGCGAAGAGGGAGGACGUCUCCCUCGUAGGUAGUUUCCGAAUGCUCCAGGUCGAUUAGGUCGCCCGCGCUCGGGUGCUGCUCUUGCCGUUAUGUACAGGGCGUGACUCUCGGCAUGUAUACAUGUUUUUUUCCUAAGUUUUCUAGGGGAACGCCCUGUAUAGUGAUUAGGUUAGGUAAUAUCGAGUGUUCUACCGUUGUAAUGGGUCGAUGUUAAGUUGUUAUGCUUAGUUCGUAAGGCGUAAUGGGAUUUUCCAGCGUAUACCACUGGCGUCAUCACACGAGUAAGUAAGUAAUUGUGUAAUUAGCUUUACGCGGGUCACGUGAGUUUAAAUAAACGUUAUAU